GUGCUGGGGACAAAAAGGUGCCUAAGAGUUCAUUUCACAGGCAAAACCAGAUGCUUAAUCUCAUCAUCCCCCAAAUCCCCUGAAGGUUGCUCCGCAGGGAUUACAGGAGAAGAAAGGGAAGCCAUGCUCUGGGGAAGCAGAGUGGUGGGAGCAGAGACAGGAGAGAAUUUGGCAACCCAACAAUGAGCGAGGUUUGGGAACCUGGCCUGUAGAAGUAACCCUGCAGCAUCCGGUGAGCAGAACAGAGUCAGGCCUGUCUGCUUUUCUCUCCUAACUGUUGGGAAAUGUCAGGUCUCCCUCAAAACCCUGUUAUCAAGCAGAGCAGGAAGGUACAGACAAAUGAGGGCCAGGACAAAGGGAACUGAAUGUUACAAAGGGAUAUUUUCCCCAAGCUUUGGAGAAGUGGCCACAUUGCUUUUGUCUACUCGUGUGCUUCUGCUUAAGCAGGAAUACCCGGGAACAUCAUCCAUUCUGUACUGAGUGUGUCUUAACAACUUUCUGAAGUAGACUUUGUCGCCGUGCCCAUUUUAUCAACGUGGUGAUGGAAAGAGGCCCAAAGAGCUAAUGAAUCAGGGAUCAGUGUUAGGAUUCUGAGGAUCUGGCUUCUGUAUCUCUCAGCAGAUCAUUUUUAGCAGAGUCUGUGUCCUCCAGCUCCCCUUUCUUUGAUCCAAAAGAUACCCUGAUCAUCUCUUCAGACUUAAAGAUUAGAGAGGGAGAUGAGACUCCAAGUCCAGGCUCUGGAGUCAGCUGGAUUCGGAUGCAGCCUCACCUCACCAGCUUUGUGACCCAUGCAUAAGGAUUCUGCCCUUCCCCAGAAGGAGCAGGAGAAGAUGACCAAGUUUCAGAAGGCAGUGAACUUCAAGGACGUGGCUGUGGUCUUCAGCGAGGAGGAGCUGGGGUUACUGGACGCUGCCCAGAGGAAGCUGUACCAAGAGGUGAUGCUGGAGAACUUCAGGAACCUGCUCUCAGUGGGCUAUAAACCCUUCAGACUGGGCACGAUGUUGCCAUUGGGAAGGGAGGAGAAGCUUUGGGCAAUGGAGACAGAAACCAAAGAAGACGGGAGUUCAGGAUGCAGGAAUCCAAAUGAGAUAGAGACUCUCCAGGAAGUAGGGUUAAGAUGCCUUUUACGUGAAGACCUUACGUGCUGGCAAAUGUGGGAACAAUUUACAAGUAAAUUAGCCAGAAAUCAAGACUUGAUCCUAAGUCUUCAAGGCAAGAGGUCUGAGUUGCCAAAACAAGGCAAUGCCCAGGUGUGGACAGGAGCCUCUGUUCAGGUCCCGAAAGAUGAGAUCUGUGUAGUGAAGCUUCAUGGGGGGAGUUCUGACAGUGUCAAAAAGCAAGAGUUUCCAUUUAGGACCACCUGGGAUUUCUGGAGAAGAAUGAAUGUGGGAGAAUCCCAGAAUUACCAGAGAAGAUGCCAGCAAAUCGACAUAACAAAUAAGCUGUGUAAAUGUGACCGUGAUGACCAGGAGAUACACAAAGGAGAGAAAGCUUGUAUCCCCAGUAAUGGUAGAAAAGAAUUCUUGAAGAAAUCAUCCCAGGGUAGGGUAAGUCACUCACAAGAGCAGACCUCCUGUGAGAAAGGAAAAGGCUUCAGCGUUGGCUCCGACCUUGAUCUUCACCAGCAGUUGCCCUUGGGAGAGAAGCCCCUGGUAUGUACUGAGUGUGGGAGGGACGUAGGUCACAGCUCGGUGCGGAGCCUGCGUCCCAGCACUCACACAGGUAGAAGACGCUGCAGGGGUGGAGGUGGUGAGGGCUUCCGGCCACGCUCAUGCCUACAGACUCCUCGGAGGGUCCAGUCAGAAGGAGCGCCCACCAGGUGUCAGGUGUGUGCUAAGAGCCUCAACGAGAACUCCUCUCUUCCCAGUCAUGAGCUUAUUCAGCCAGGAGAGAAGCUGGACACCUGUGACAGAGCCCUCCCCAGAGACAAAGCAUAUGGUUGGGAGGUGUGUGACAGGGUACGGAACCAGGAGCCUGGUCUCCAUCAGAGAGUCCACACUGGAGGGAAGCCAUAUACGUGUGAGGUAUGCCGGAAGGGCUUCAGUAAGGCCUCAAACCUUCAAGCCCAUCAGAGAAUCCACACUGGAGAGAAACCCUACAAAUGUGACGUGUGUAACAAGAACUUCAGCCGUAAUUCUCAUCUUCAGGCCCAUCAGAGAGUCCACACGGGAGAGAGGCCUUACAAAUGUGACACCUGUGGCAAGGACUUCAGUCAGCUCUCCCAUCUUCAGGCCCAUCAGAGGGUCCACACGGGGGAGAAGCCGUACAGGUGCGAGACAUGUGGGAAGGGCUUCAGUCAGAGUUCACACCUCCAAGACCACCAGCGAGUCCACACUGGAGAGAAGCCCUACAGGUGUGAGGUGUGUGGGAAGGGCUUCAGUUGGAGCUCACACCUUCAAGCCCACCAGAGAGUGCACACAGGGGAGAAGCCCUACAGGUGUGACGAGUGUGGCAAGGGCUUCAUCUGGAACUCGUAUCUCCAUGUUCACCAGAGGAUCCACACAGGAGAGAAGCCCUAUAAAUGUGCCUUGUGCGGGAAGAGCUUCAGCCAGACCUCACAUCUGCAGGCCCAUCGGAGAGUCCACACUGGAGAGAAACCAUACAAAUGCUCUGUGUGUGGGAAGGGCUUUAGUAAGAAUUCGUGUCUUCAGGUUCAUCAGAAGGUCCACAGUGGCAGUAAACCCAACACACGUGAUGAGUCCAGUAAAGGUGUUCUUCAGGACUUAGGCUUCUCAUUUUCCUCAGAAAAUCCUUGUGGCAAAAGUAUUUUUAAAAUGUGUUUUAAGAAUUCAUGAGUGGAUUAUUUUUUACAGUCAGAUAAAUUUCAUUGGAGAAAAUCUAUUUUUUGUAUGAACACAAACAGUGUCUCAGGCAGAGCCUAAAACAUCACAGUUUUCAAGAGAACACACAACAGAGAAACCCUGGAAGGAUGGAACAAGUAAAAGUUCCAAUCAGAGCCUUUGCAGGCAAUAGAGGCCUUAAAAAUGAAAAGUCAGGCCAGGACUUUAACAAAAGUAUAAUGACAUGUGGGAGCCAUCCUUAUCUAGCAGAAUCAGAUGAGGUUGAGCCAUGGGAUGCGGAGGUCUGGCUUCUAGAUACUGGCUACCAUGGAGGAAUGUCCCAGACUGCCUGGAAGUAUGUGGCACUGUGUGGGAGGGGUUCCCUGUCUGGUUCUGUGGUAGUUCCCCUGAGAAAAUGGCUCCCCUAACUCCACCCCAUCCUGUCCAUCACAUAAGAAGCCCCUCCUGGUCUGGGCCCU